AGUCCGUUGAUUCCCCUCGCCCCCUCAUUCUGAUUCCACCCACCACCAAAUCACCGGCGAUUCCCGGCGACAGCCGCGGCUCAUGGAGAUCCCGGAGCGCGCGCCGUGUACGGGCGAAGCGGACCAGCGCCUGGCGACUGGAGGUCCUACGGCGGGAGCGGCGGCCGCCCCUGGCCAAUGGUGAGCUGCGCGGAGGGCAGCAGCAGCGAGAUGGAAUCACAUUGCCUGUGUCGGCGGCGGUUGGAGAUGAGACGCAGGGCAGUAGCCGCGCAUGGAAAUGGGGGACGCACCUUGGUGCGGUGGGGGACUAGCAGCAAAGGCGCCAUCUACUCCAGGAUCCCGGCGCUGGUUCAUUGGGUUAGCGCCUGCUGCCUCUGCUCCGGUGGGAGCCGCUCCUGCUUGUGCUCCGGUCGUCGCCAGCAGGUCGAGUAGGUGGCGUCGUCGAGGUUCCUGCAGUCGUGAACAAGGGACCUGGGAGCUGAGCCAGUUCGGGGAUCACGGGCAGCGCCGUCGACAUAGAGCUGAAAAAAGGCCUGUAGGGGCCCGGUGGGUGGGGGCGUUUGUGCUGGUUCGUUCUCCUCCCGAACAAAUCAUUCGGUCGAUGCCCCUGCCCUCCCAAAACGAUUCGUUCGGGUAGGGGUGUCUGCAGGCCGAACAGACACGCCUUUAUCGGGGUCAUUUAAUAUGCAUUUUCACGAUGGCAUUUUUAUAUUUCAUAAGAUUUUCAUAUUUUAAGAACAUGGCAAUUUUUUAACUUUCUAGCAUGCCAAAAAAUUAGUUUAUUGCCAUGGCAAUUUCGAGCUUCAUUUUGGCAUGCAAUUUUUUUUUGUGAUGUCAACUUUUCUUUAUCACAACAUGGCAAAAAUUCCCUUUCAUUUUGCCUGACAAAUUUAUUUUAACAAACAUGGCAAAAAAUCCUUUCAUUGCCAUGCAAUUUUUUUACUCUUUUUUGCCAUGUCAAAUUUACAAUUUUUGGUCAUGGCAAAAUUCUCCUUUUAUUUUCCAUGCCAAAAUAAAGAAAAAUUAUGGAGCAUGGCAAAUUUAGCUUUCUACUUGCCAUGUCAACUUUUACUUUAUUUCGCCAUGGCAAUUUUUAACCUUCAUUGCCAUGGCAAUUUUACAGUUAAAUACUUGGCAAAUUUACUAUCUACAUACAUGGGAAAUUUUACUCUAUUUUUGUCAUGUCAUAAUUUUACUUUACUUUUUCAUGGCAAAAUUUUAACUUUAUUGCCAUGGCAAUUUUACUGGAACAUACAUGGCAAUUUUCACUGUACUUUGCCACGUCAAAAAAUUACUAUAUUUUUUGCCAUGGCAAUUUUACCUUAAAAUACUUGGCAAAUUUACAAUUUAAAUACAUGGCAAAUUUUACUCUAUUUUUGCCAUGUCAGAAUUUUACUUUAUUUUGCCAUGGAAUUUUUUUAACUUCAUUACUAUGGCAAAUUUACUUUUAAAUACAUGGAAAUUUCGCAUGGUCAAUUUUAAAUUAGUUUCAUGGCAAUUUCUCCAUGUUUUUAUUUUUUUGGCUGCGUGUAAUUAAAACACCACAACAAUUUUCAUGUAUAAGUUUUUCUUCUCAAAUUCCAUCCAAAGCAUGUCAAUUUUAAUUAAAACAUCAUGGAAAAUUUUAAUAUUUUUAAGCAUGCCAAAUUUGAGAUUUUUUUUACCUUGCGCUACUUUAUUCUCGGACCACGGCAAAUUAUAUUUUUUUCGACCCUGGAAUUAGAAUUUUUCAUUAAACUUUUUGAUCAAAGACAUACCCACUAACUGGUUUUUUAUGUGCUCACGUAGCAGGAUUUUUUUUGUUUCUAUUGUAAAAGAAGCGUCAUUUUUUGAUUUUUUAAAGACUAUUUUUUGUUUAUAAAGCUGGGCCUUUUUAGGCCCUUUUUUGGUUUUACGUACCCGUGCUGAGGGAAGAGGCUGAAAGGGUUCGGGCUGGCCUUCCACCACACCGAACGACACAAUCGUUCGUUCCAUCGCUCCUCCCUGCCGAACCUUUCCGUUCGGACCGGGGUUCUCCCAGACCGAACGGUCGGGAGUUAUCGACGUCCAUUACAAUUGAAUUACUAAUCUAACCGGACUACUCAACUGAAAACCUAUACGCGAGUCCGCUACUAACUCGUCCGUCGAGCUGAAGUCGGAUUCCGAGUCCAGCCGGCCUUUGCAUCAUACCCGCUCGAAAGUCUAUAUAUACAAGAACCAGCUAGCAUGCCUUGCUCCGCCAGCGUCCUUUACGAUCGAGUAGCUAGCUAGCCAUGGCAUGCCUUGCUCCGCCAGCGUCCUUCGCUCCCUUUUGCAGGGGCCCCUUUGCAUCUCCGGCCAACUUGUAUCGGCCGCCCGCCUCCAUCGCCUCCUUGUCUCCUUCGUCUCCCCCUUUCUACCCCAGCCGUGUCAUGGUUAGGUGGGAAGCUCCCCCGGCGGGCUGGCUGAAGCUAAACUUCGACGGGUCUGUGUACAACGACGGGUCCGGCCGGGCUAGCAUCGGCGGCGCCAUCCGCGACUGCAACGGCCGCGUUCUUGUCGCCUUUGCCGAGCCGACGGAGCACUCGACCGUGGGCAUAGUGGAGGCCAGGGCGCUCAUCCGCGGGCUGCGCCCCGCGCUGAGUCGCUUCCGCGGCAGGCUGGUGGCGGAAGGAGACGACCUGAUGCUGGUGGAGCUCCUCACCGGCGAGGAGACGCAGACGCGCGUACCUCAGGCCAUGCAAGACGAGAUUCUCAUGCUGCUUGGGUGCUUCGCGGCGUACAAGGUCCAGCACAUCUUCCGCGAGGGCAAUCAGGUCGCCCACGUCCUGUGCAAGGAGGCGUAUCAGCGUCCGGGGGUGUGGGCGGGCGGGAUCCCUUCAUUCUUCCUUCAGGCACUGGUAGUCCAAGAUAUUUAUCGUCAAAACCCUCUUCAGUAA